CUUCAAUGGAUGCCGGCUGUUUGCCCUGGGCACGUUAUCAUCAUGUCAUGGCUCCACUUGUGACCCUCACUCCCUGGCUCGAAUGCUUGAACUGCUCGAACUGCUCGAACUGCUUGAACUGCUGCUCUGUCGCAUGGUUUCGGGAGAGAGGCGGUCUCCUAACCUUUCCCACCACAGUGCAAUGUGCGACUCCCUGCUCUCAGGCCAUGAUUGCCACGCUGCUGCGGCACGCUGCGGCCACGGCUUGCAUUAAUAUCUAUGCCAUCAGCACUAUAGAGUGGUAUAAAAAUACGACGCCAACAGCCACGGCCCUAAGCACUCUAUCUCUCACCAGCUCUUCGCAUUUUUAGUUCUAGCCCACCAACCGCAAUCGCUCAAACAAAAACACAAGCAUCAUGCCGGUCGAUCCCAUUGCGCUCGUUGCCAACACGGUGUUCCGUAACUACACUGCAUCAGUGGCCAAGCUAACUGGAGGACAAGUCAACUACGUCUGGCGCUUGGCUGACAGCAGCGGGAAAUCGGUGAUUGUAAAGUAUGCGGAUGAGCAGCUGGCGUCCUACCCCGAGAUGCCGUUUUCAGUCGACCGCAUGAAAUUUGAGACCCGCGGACUGGCGCUUUUCCACAGUGUUCCCGGCGACAGUGGGCUCGAAGCACUGACCAAGCUCUCAGCAGAUCUGAGAAAGACCGAGGGCGUGCGUGUCCCAAAGCUUCUGCACGUGGACCUGUCUGUGCCGUUUGUUGUGCUCGAGGAUAUAGGCGAUCACAAGGGCUACGAAGACUGGUGCGCCACUAAGCCACCACUGGCUGACAUAGAGUACGUGUGCGGGAAAAUCGGCGAGUGGAUCGCACAUUUGCACGGCUUUGGGCACAAGCACCUCGACAAACUGGAGCCGCUGAUGACAAAUACGCCUGCCCGCGAGAUGCUGCAGGACGUGCUGUACGAGGACACCAGCAGUCGCUGGAUCAAGUAUACCGAGUAUGCCGACAAGAGCCAGAUCUCGCAGCUGGUUAAAGACUUCAGCACCACCGUGAACCGCAGAAUCAGCGGAGAGGUGCGGCCAAAGGACAGGGUGUUGCUGUUUGGCGACAUGUGGUCUGGGUCGGUCAUGUUUGACACUCAGGCCAGGCUGAUCAACAUUAUCGACUUUGAGUUCGCCGACAUCGGGCUUGUUUACGGAGACGUUGCGCACUUUGUUGCGCACCUGCUGCCUGUCUAUGCACUCGGCAACGCCGACUACAACCCCAACUCGAGCCCAUGCCCACCGCCGGUGGCAGCAUUCUUGAUAUCAUACGGGCGUGUGUUGAAAGAGCAGUAUCCGCACAUUCACAAGGCGCUUAUCGACGAGACGAUCGAGCAGUGCACGCGGUUCCUGGGAAUUGAGAUAUCGAGAGAUGUCAUGAUGGGCAACUGGUGCAGUUGUGGCAGCGGGCAGAAGCCAGGGACCACGCCGCUGACGUGCAAGUGCCUGGGGGUCUGGCUCGAGUUCUGUCGCAAGUACAUUCUGGGGACCGACGACUCGGUCUUCAACCUGCUAAAGUAAAGAUUUCUGGUUUAUGCCCAGCGUGGGCGCUUGAUCAGCUGGAGCAAAAAAGAAAAAAAAAAAAAAGACACUCUUUUGCAGCACCGCAAAACUCCCACUAUACAUUUUUAGUGUCGGUUUCAUCCCAUGCAG